GUUGACGUUAAAAACGACAAAGAAGAUUUUCGACAUGUUCUUCCCACAGAUUUAUACCAAUGGAACAAAUAAUUAAGUGUUGUUCGAUACUUUAAUUGGCUGUUUUUAGUCUGACAUCGUCCAACAUGCACCGCUGCAUCUUUAGGUUUGCAGAGCUGCCUUGGCAGUGUGCAGCGCGUUGUAUGAGCUCCUCCUCAGGUAAGAGGAGCAGGGUGAUGCAGAGCUCCUUCCCUGUGCUCGACCUGCCCCUCCAUCCCAUCCAGCACCACAUCUAUGAAGCAAACCUGAGAAACAGCACCGCCUGCCAUAAGAAGUGUACAGAGUUGAGAGAAAAAGUGAAAAAAGGGGGAGGAGAGAACGCUGUCACAAGGCACACGCAAAGAAACAGGAAGCUGUUGGUCAGGGAUCGUCUGCGUCUCCUCCUGGAUGACGAGGACUUUCUGGAGCUUUCGCCCUUUGCCGGUUUGGGUCUCCCAUAUGGGGACAUCCCUUCCGCUGGCUGCCUUACAGGCAUUGGCAGGAUUAGUGGCCUGUGGUGUGUUUUCAUUGCCAAUGAUGCUACUGUGAAAGGCGGCACAGCUUAUCCGAUCACUGUGAAGAAGCAGCUACGAGCGCAAGAAAUAGCCAUCCAGAACCGGCUGCCCUGUGUUUAUUUGGUCGACUCUGGAGGAGCCUUUCUCCCGCUGCAGUCAGAGAUCUUUCCUGAUAAGAACCAGGGAGGGAGGACAUUCUACAAUGAAGCCAUCAUGUCAGCCAUGAAGAUCCCCCAGGUGGCUGUGGUGUGUGGUUCCUGCACCGCGGGUGGAGCAUACAUCCCAACCAUGGCAGAAGAGGCGGUGAUGGUGCAUCGGAUAGGCACAAUAUUCUUGGGAGGACCCCCACUGGUCAAAGCCGCUACAGGGGAGGAGGUGACGCCAGAAGAGCUGGGAGGAGCCAGGCUUCAUGCUGAGGUGAGUGGCUGUGUGGAUCAUUUUGCGUGGGAGGAGAAAGAAGCAUUCGACUACACAAAAAACAUCAUAUCCACCUUCAACUUCCAACUGCCGCAUGAAGAGGAGGACAGCACCAGGAGGAAGGCAGCGGAGGAGCCUUUGUACGCUUCAGAGGAGCUCAUGGGGCUCGCUCCUCGCAGUUAUAACUACAGUCUGGAUGCUAAAAUGAUAGUUAGUCGCCUCACAGAUGGCAGCCGCUUUCAAGAGUUCAAAGCUCUAUAUGGUACCACCCUCAUCUCUGGCUUUGCAAAGAUCCAUGGCCAUCUGGUGGGAAUAGUCGCCAAUAACGGCGUGCUGUCAUAUGAGGCUGCUCUGAAAGGAAGCCACUUCAUCCAGCUCUGCGACCAGAGGGACGUCCCACUGAUCUUCCUCCAGAACACGGCGCCUAGCGGAGCGCUGACGCUGUCAACAAAGCAGGCGGAGAUGAACAGCAACUGUCUAAAGGCUCAGGGUUCAAUGAUGGCAGCUGUGGCAUGUGCUUCCGUUCCCAAAAUCACAGUGGUUGUUGGUGGUUCACAUGGAGCUGACAGCUACGCGAUGUGUGGGCGGGCGUUUGAGCCGAACUUUCUGUUCCUGUGGCCCAAUGCCAGAGUGUCCGUGACUGCUCCAGGUCAUGUCGGAGCUCUGCUUCCUCCUGAUGCUGAGGAGGAGGAGGAGGAGGAGAAGCUGAACAGGAGACUGAAGGAGGAGAGCUCAGCUUUCUUUUCCUCUGGCAGAAUGUGGGACGAUGGAGUCAUUUUGCCUCAGGACACCAGAAAGAUUCUAAAAGACUGUCUGGAAAUCAUCAAACAGCAGCAUUAUCAGCUUUCUACAAAGAAAUCUCAGUCCAUGCUUCUACGCAUGUAGAAGUCUCACCUCCCCCUCUGGAUCUGCUGGAUAGAAAGUGCAUUUGCAGCUGGACUAGUUGACGUUCCAAUGCAGUUACCAGUUUUCAUAAAGGAAGAUUAUUUGACCAUAUGGGGAGUUGAUAUUAAAAUUAUUGCCUUUUUUAUGACCUCAUUUAGAUUUGAUGUAAAGGUUUUUUAUUUUCCCAAAGUGCCUCGAGCUUUGUCUUUAGUCUGCCAAAAGCAAAACUGUAAGAAAACAGAACAGAUUUUCUUUUUUGCAUCAGAGGCACAAAAGAUGAUAUUAAAAAGUUUUUAAAAUAGAUGUUUAAAUAGUACAAAUUGUAUCUAUUGAAAAUUUAACUAUAAAUGAAUUGUCAAAAAUUAUUUUUUGUAUAUAAAAUAAAAAAGAAACUGAAUUUAUUUCACCCUUCUUUUUUUCUGCCUAAUAUGUACUAUGACAUACAUCUGUGGCAAAAAAAAAAGUUUUUCUUGACAAAAUUAAUGGGAUUGAUUUACAACCAAAAACACUUAUUUUAAUUUGUCAUUAUGUUGCUGCUCCUCUGUUUAAUUGUAUAUAAAAAAAAUUAAAUAUAGUACAAUAAGU